AGUAAUUACUUAUGGGGCAAGAGGCUUCAGUUCCAACUCAGCGGAUGGGGUAAUGAGUCAUGAUGCAUAUGCCUGGGAACCCCAACCCCAGGAGCAGCCAGCCCAUCAACCUGAACCAUUAUGCCACCAAGAAGAGCGUGGCAGAGAGCAUGCUGGACGUGGCUCUCUUCAUGUCCAACGCCAUGCGGCUGAAGACGGUGCUGGAGCAGGGGCCGUCCUCCCAACACUACGCGACCCUCGUCACCCUCCUCAGCAUCUCUCUGCUCCUGCAGGUUGCCAUCGGAAUCCUCCUCGUGGUCAUUGCGCGGUGGAACCUGAAUGAGGUGGAAAAGCAGUGGCGGCUAAACCAGCUCAACAACGCUGCCACCGCCUUGGUCUUCAUCACUGUGGUCAUCAACGUCUUCAUUACAGCCUUUGGCGCACAUAAGACAGGGUUCCUGGCUGCCAGGACUUCAAGGGAUCCUCUUUGAACCCAGCUUGGGACCCAGGGGCCGGAGCUGGGGCCGCUUCCGCCUUUCCUCGCCCGUCUGCCAGGCUGACGGGCACCUUCCACAGCCCCGGGGAGCUCCUGAAAGGGUGACGUAGAUGCCUGCUUCCUACCAUAGCAUCUGAGUGAAGAUGGGAUAUGUUGCUGAUCUGAGUGAAUUCCAUCUUGUCUCAAGUCCUGAGCUCAGACUGGGAUAGUGCCAACCUUUCCUCCCAGCAGCGCCUGUCUACCUUAGGUCAAGUCCACCCAGCUUACAGAUUCUGGUUCUGACUCUACUCCACUCCUCCCCUUUGCCCCAUCCAC